AUGGCAGACGACCGCGGUGCCCUCUUAUCAGAUGACAGGGACACGAAGGGCGGUGACCUGAAGAAGUCGUCGAAAAAGGGUCAUACGCCCGCUUCACCUGCUUCGACGGAGAUCCGCAGCAGCGAGCUGGCCCCUGACUUUAUGAUGAAUGUGUACAAGUUGAAGACGUGUCCUAGGAGCUCCAGCCACGACUGGCGCACAUGCCCCUACGCUCACAUGGGGGAGAACGCCGCGCGCCGCGACCACGCCAAGCACCUCUCCGUGUCUUGUCCCGACUCGAAGGCGAAGCGCGUGUGUCCGCGUGGUGCCAGCUGCCCCUUUGCCCACUCGAUGCCCGAGUACUUCCUGCACCCAAGCAGGUACCGCACGCAGCUCUGCAACGACGGCAACAAGUGCUCGCGCCCCAUCUGCUUCUUUGCCCACGACGCCGGAGAGCUCAGGACGCCCCACUACCCCAGCCUCAACGCCGAGCAGCUUGAGGCGCUGUUCGCCGCCCGCGCCGCGCUGUCCGCGCAGAGCGAGGAGGAGCUUGAGGCGACGCUGCGCAUCCCUGCGCCGAGCAGCGGGGGCGGCAUUCUGCCGGGGGCUUCGGGGACGAUGCCGCCGGCCCUCCUGGCGCCGGCCUCCUACCCGGCUGCUGUGCUGGCGGGUGAGAUGACGGACGCCACACACGACAUGUACCUGAACCUCCUCUGCCAACAGCAGCAGCAGCUGCUCCUGCAGCAGGCGCUGCUGCAGCAGCAGGCCGCGGCGCUCUCGCUCUUUCAGCAGCAGCCGCGCCACGCAGGCGGCGGCGCCUGCGACGCGCCGCACCCCAGCAAGGACCAGCCCUGCCCUGGCCCGCGCGUGGCGGCGCCCGGCCACACCUCUAAGCAGGACAGCUCGGAUGCGCAGCUGCUGGGCAGGGCUGGCCAGGGCCUCGGCGGCCACAUGGCGCUCCUCGGCGGCGGCGGGAUCGGGGGGGCGCCGGCAGGGCUCGCCUGCCUGCCAGUGCCCGUGGUGCCGUAUCUGCCGCAGCCGCUGCCGCAGCCGUCUGGCCAUGCAUUCAGCAACGCCGGCGUCUCUAGGGGCUUCGAUGACCUGUUCUUCCCGAGCGUCAGCUCUGCACCAGGCUGCGGCGGCGGCGGCGGUGCUGGCUCGAGCGCAGGCGGGUACAGCGGCAGCGCGAUGAUGAUGCCCCCUCUGUCCAGCGACGACAUGGCGCUGCUCGCCGCCGCCGCGUCCGCCGCGGCCAUGAACCCAGGCAGCGCCCCGCAGGACCUGCUUGGGCCCGAGGGGCCGAUGCUGCUGUGGGCGCAGGCGGCGGCCGCGCAGAUGGUGGCGGCUGCGCCAGGGCUAGACAGCCGCUUGGCGCCGCCGCAGAGCGCUGCCCCCGGGAACAGCUGCAUACAAUAA